AUGGCUCCAGUCCUAUUAGAACCCACAAUUGCUGUUUCCCAGUCUAGUUCUCUUCCAUUCCAGGUAGCAGUCGAUCGUGGUGUUACAAAUGGAGUCGACCUCACUCUGAAGGCACGUCCUUGGCGACUUCUGCACCUCGCCGAUGGCCUCAAUCUUCCCCCGCCCGCCCAAGAAGAACAUCCGGAUCUUCAUGUCCAGCGGCUACUUCAAUUAGCUUGGGUCACUACUAUCAGAGCAUUUUUUUGCUCGACAACUCUAUACAUUGGUCAAGAUUAUCUAAACGGCCAGUGCUAUGUAGGCCAAGCAGCUCAUGGCUACUCGAAGCCAACCGCCCAGAUCCAUGUAGAUCCUCAUGAUAGCGUGGGGGAUCUCUUGCGUGAUAGCAUUGAGGCAUUGGGCCUAAUAUCCCAUGUCAAAGCUACGCACAACGUCCAUGCUGGCCAGGCCGGCGAGGAUCCUGGCUUCGAUGUUACAAUCGUCUACCAGAAGCAACCUGCGAAGCGCAUCCUGUCUGGUCAGGAUGCAUGUAUCGGCAGUUGUCAGGUCUGCUGUGACAUACCGGCGAAAGAAGCAUCGGAGGUAGACUCGAUAUUCACCGGUCUCCGCCUUUCGAUAUGCCAUACCUCCGACGAUAUGUUACACUCCCAGUUGGACGUUGGAAACACGGGGAUUGGACUCUCAUUGGCUACAAGCCUCUUGAACAGUUUCAACCAGGCCCUAUCGUCAAUUGAUGGCUCGUCCACACAGACGAUCGGAAGCCUCGAGUUAUGCUCGGCGCAUGAUCGUGAUCAGAUCAUCCAAUUCACCAAAGCCAUCGGCCCCGGCAAUGAUGCUCUGCUACAUGAUCUUUGUUUACAACACUCAAAGACAACACCCGAUGCUCCCGCCGUUCGCUCCUGGGAUGGGGAUCUGACAUAUCGCCAACUUGAGGAACUGACUUCUCGCUUGGCACACUGGCUAGUGGGACAAGGCGUCAAACCAGGUAUCUAUGUUGCUUGCGCUUUCUACAAAUCCACAUGGGCUAUCGUGGCCAGACUGGCUAUCCUCAUGGCUGGCGGUGCAUACAUUUGCGUCGAUGGCUCUGAUCCACCACCAUACCUUGCAUCCGCCCUCGAGCGCACCCAGAUAAGGUUAAUGCUCACAUCAACCGGGUACAAGGAAAAGUUUGCCGAUCGUGUCGAAAUUCUCUUCGAGGUCAGCGAGGCUUCGGUUUCCGGUCUGCCAUUGUUGACUUCAGUCCCGUGCUCAACCGUCACCCCCACCGACCCUUGUGCUGUGCUUUUCACAUCCGGCAGCACGGGAAAGCCUAAGGGGAUCGUCCAGGAGCACCGUAGCUAUGCCUCCGCGUUGACGGAUUACAUCCGAGUCAUGGGCAUGGGACCGCAUAGCCGGAUGUUCCAAUUCGAUUCGUACACCUUCGACAUCAGCAACAACGACUUCCUGGCCCCUCUGAUAGCCGGUGGAUGCUGUUGUGUUCCCACUAGAUCUUUGACAAUGGAAUCACUGAUGAAUGAUAUGAACGAUUUGGAGGGGAACAUAAUGUUUGCAACACCCUCAGUCGCCAUCGACAUGGAACCAGACCGCGUCCCCACACUGGAAAUGAUGUGCAUCGGCGGCGAGCCCGUCUCAGACGCGGUACUGGCGAAAUGGCUGGACCGCGUGCAGGUGGUAAACCAAUAUGGCAUGGGCGAGAUAGCUUCUCUCUGCGCAUAUAAUCGCAAUCUCCAGAUGGGUCGCGGGUCAGUAGUCGGUCGUCCUGCUACCGGUGCGAUAUGGAUUGUCAACCCUGACAACCCAGACCAACUGAUGCCCGUUGGAGCUGUCGGCGAACUCCUCAUCGAGGGCCCCCAUCUCUCGAAGGGAUAUCUAGAUCACGUCUCUGGGAAAUCGGAGAACUUCCUCACCGCGCCACCAGUCUGGAUGGCCCAGCUCCACACCGAUAGGCCGAAUCAUCGUCUCUAUCGGUCCGGAGAUCUGGGCCGAUACAACCACGAUGGGACAAUCGAGCUGAUGGGCCGCAAAGAUAGCAUGCUGAAGCUAGACGGAGCCCGUGUCGAGGCUGGCCAAGUGGAAUACGUUCUCCGGCGCAAUCUGUCCACCGGCGAUGCAGCGGUUGUAGAUGUUCUUGGUGUGAUCGAUGGACAAAGUGAUCCUAUUCUUGCCGUCUACUUAUACUUGGCGAGUAACCCGAUGAACAUGGAAAGUGGUCCGGUUGAGAAGAUGGAGUUUCGUCCGAUCAGCGAGAGACAGUCCGUGCAUGGGCUCACCCAGUCGCUGAGCGAGGCCGUCCGCCAGAGCUUGCCCAGGUACUAUGUUCCUGCGCUGUAUAUUCUUAUUGACAGAGUCCCGCGCACCAAGUCUAAAAAGACAGAUCGACGGAAGCUUCAUCUGUUGGGACAGGCUUAUUAUAUGGAGCAUCGAGAUGAGCUGGAGGGGAUUACUAUCUGGUUGGAUUGGAGUCAGAUCUAA